GCUCCUCUUAUGAUCACAGUAUGUUCGUUAAAAAAAACACUAACAGUAAUUUUUGGUAUAUUUUAUCAGGUACAAGUUUUUUUGUUAAUGGAGCAGGAACUUACUGCUGACGAAGACAUAAGCAGAACUUCUGGACCAUCUGUUGCUGCUCUGGAGACAACAUACACUGGUGGAAAUGGCUUCUCAACAUCAUAUAACAGCCAGCGCUGGCUAAACCUUUAUCUGUCAGCUUGUAAAUUCCUGGAUCUAGCCCUUGCACUACCCUCCGAUAACUUACCCCAGUUUCAGAUGUAUCGCUGGGCAUUUAUUCCAGAAGCCUCUGAUGACUCGGGUUUAGAGGUCCGACGACAAGGAACACAUCAAAGGGAAUUCAAACCAUAUGUCGUACGGCUAGCAAAACUCUUAAGGAAAAGAGCCAAGAAAAACCCAGAAGAGGACAUCUCAGGGAGAACAUUAGAUUGGGACCCAGGACAUCUCUUACUUACAAUUUCCAGCAUUCGCAGUAUGGAACAGCUACUGCCUUUUUUCAAUGUACUCAGUCAAGUCUUCAACAGUAAAGUCACAAGCAGAUGUGUUGGAGACUCAGGGAGCCCAAUCCUUUAUCAGAAUUCCUUUACCAACAAGGAUAUUAAACUGGAAAACCAGAAAAUGUUCUCUAGUAAAGUCAGGCAGAGAAUCGAGGAGAUGCUGGAGAGGGACUUUCUGGAAGGAGUUCUUAAGAGCUGA